GCUCUUGCAACUUCGUCCGCAAGCUUCAAAUCAACCACGUCCGCUCUUCAGCCUGGAUCCUGCUCGCGAACGCCCGUGAAACCGCUUCUGGUAGCGUUGUUUUUGGCUGGAGAAUACAAGGGCGGCGAAUCGUGCAAAAUGGCCAGCAAAAGAACACAACAUUUGGUUGCCUACGACGAUGAAUCCGACCAUCAUGACGAAAGCGAUUACGACAACACCGAAUUUCUGCCGCACGCGAAACGCCGACGACUCAAUCCCCAUCCCGUAGACGACGACAUUACCCUGCCGGCCAGGCGGCCGACGCGCGCUCAGCAGCCCGACUCUGACCCCACACGUAAUAGCAUAUCCCGCGAUCUACUCUCCUCUCUCUCAGACGAGCUGCUCAUUCGCAUCCUAUCGUUCCUUUCACUUCAACACCUCCUCGCCGUCGCCCCAGUGUCGCGCCGCUUCUACCAGCUCGCUGGAGACUCUCAAUUAUGGAAGGCUUUAUACUACGCGCGCUUCGUGCUACCGCGCGCCAUGAGGAUACCGGGAUUCAGAGACACCGCGGCCAGUGGUGGUGGUACCGGCCACAAAUUGCAUUACUCGGGCAGAAGGACACUCUGGGCUGAUGGGCGACGUGGUGGACUUGUUCAAGAAAAGAAGGAGGAGGGAAUCAAGACUGGAAUCAAGAGGAGGAGAGACGAGCCAAGCACUUUCGACAAUAGCGGACUAAGCGUAGAAGUCGACGGACGGUCACAAGAGCGGAAAUGGGAGCCGGUUAACUGGAAGAGGCAGUAUAAGAUCCGAUACAACUGGUCGAGGGGCAAAUGCGCGGUCGAAGAGCUGAGGAUAGGGGGUACGGCGGACACGACGCAAGAGGGAAAUCAUCAACAACAGGAGCGAAAGGUGCUCGUAAAAGUGGUCGAAGGGAUUGCGAUCACCGCGGAUAGGGUGUCGGGUUUGCGCGCAUGGGAUCUGAAGAGCAGACAUCUGCUGGCGCAAGUGAGUCUCUGCGAGGACGGGCUGGACUCUACGCCGAGCUGUAUUGCUAUGGACGACCACGAGUUGGACCACGGGAUAUUGGACGUGGGAGUGGGUUUCCUGGAUGGGAGUUUUGGGGUCUGGAGGUUUUUCAGUGGCGAGAACCGUCUCGUAAGGCGGUACAAACACGAAAAGUCGAGUAAUGGGGAACUCGUUGCGAUGGCCCUGUCGAAUCCCUACCUGUUAACGGCCACGGCAGCGGUAUUGGUAUCGCUUUACACCUUCGAGGUACCCCAGCAGCCACCGGCAGACCAAUUGGCUCAGAACUCGGGGGCAGGCGGCGAGGCGAGAACGAUGACAAAAGCGGGUGGUCCAAUGGAGGAGAAGUCGGAUGCCUCUGGAAACGAUACCAAUACGCUUCCAGCGCCAUAUUUGCUCACAUCCCUCAACUCUUACUCAUCGCGACCUCCUCUUGCACUAUCCAUACGAAAGAUGGCUUUGACAACCGUCGCCUCAAUAGCUUACACUUUUCCCACUCGGAGGGGCUGGUCCAUCGGUCUUCAGGACAUGCACAUCCGCGCCCCAAGUACAGGCGUCAAGUCCGCUCCCGACAUCACUACAACAAGAACAGCAUACACCAUACCGUUAGACACUGAUCUCGAGAACCGAAUAACCCAUCCCCGCGAACCCCUCCAGUUACAGUCGGGCCUACGACACUUUGCUACACUCACCCUUAUCUUCUUGCCACUCUGCCUGACAACACCCCUUGUGCUGCACAUGUGCACAUCAACCGCCUCCUCGCUGUCCAUCUCGCGUGGUAUUCGGUUAUGGGGCCACACAUCGGGAAUCAGCAAUGCCGAGAUAACGGCGCGGGGAAAGGCCGUUAGUGUCAGCUCGCGGGGUGAAGAGAUGCGAGUCUGGGAGCUUGAAGGACGGUCAAGCGGAAUUGGCAGCCGAAGCAUCGAGAUCAAACCCGGUCCUGCUGCCUCAAAUGAUAACAAAAGCGGCUCGGCUCCUCCCAGCGGCGGCGGCCUUGCAUUGGACAACAAAGAAGAUUUGGAAUACGAUUGGGAUGAACGUAGGAACUGGGUGGGAUUCGACGAUGAAAUGGUCAUUGUGUUGAAAGAGAAGAGAGGUGGGGGCGAGAGUUUGAUGGUUUAUGAUUUUACCUAGUUGCUAACAACUCUCUUCGAUGCGCAAUCCGACACACCUCUCGCCUG